UUCGUACACAGCAUCGUACACAGUUUGUAUUGUGAAGUAUUUGCAAAAGGUCGGUACUCCGGUGUUUUUUUUAUAUCGUUUCAGAAAUUAUUUUUUAACCAGUUCUUUGUGUUCAGUUGUAUUAUUAUCAAUUUGGAGCAGCCUUUUUUUGUGUGUAUUGACUCAGUUGUGCUCACAACGACAAGAUGCGUCUUGUUAUUUUGGAUAGUUCCGAUCGCGUUGGCGAAUGGGCGGCUAAAUAUGUGCUCAAACGUAUAAGAGAUUUUAACCCGGGACCAGACAAGUAUUUUGUGCUUGGUUUACCAACAGGAAGUACUCCGUUGGGAAUGUACCGAAAACUUGUCGAAUAUCAUAAAAACGGAAAAGUUUCAUUCAAAUAUGUUAAGACUUUCAAUAUGGAUGAAUAUGCAAAUUUGCCUCGUGAUCACCCGGAGAGCUACCACUAUUUUAUGUGGCACAACUUUUUCAAGCACAUCGAUAUUGAACCAGAAAAUGCACACAUUUUGGAUGGCAACGCACCCGACUUGAAGCUUGAGUGUGAAAACUAUGAGAAAAAGAUUAAAGAAGCUGGCGGAGUUGAACUGUUUAUCGGCGGUAUUGGUCCGGAUGGGCACAUAGCUUUUAACGAACCUGGCUCUUCUUUAGUAUCACGCACGAGAGUUAAGACACUUGCCCAAGACACACUUGAAGCAAAUGCUCGCUUCUUUGAAAAUGACAUGUCGAAAGUACCAAAGGAAGCGCUAACUGUAGGCGUUGGUACAGUUAUGGAUGCAAGAGAGGUAAUGAUUCUGAUUACCGGUGCACACAAGUCGUUUGCACUGUAUAAGGCGAUUGAAGAAGGUGUCAAUCACAUGUGGACUGUGUCUGCCUUCCAACAACAUCCGAAAACGUUGAUGCUUUGUGACGAAGAUGCCACAUUGGAACUACGGGUCAAAACCGUAAAAUAUUUCAAGGGACUGAGUGAAGUUCAUGAAAAACUGAUCGAAAACGCAAUUUGAUUGAUUUCAAUCCUGACCGAGCAUUCCGAGUCUAUGCCAGAUGCCAUGUCGUUUUUCUCUAGCUCAUGGAAAAACACUAUUCGCGGAUACUUUUAUUUUGAACAUUAUACACACACAUACAUCACAUCAACACACACCAUUUAACAAGACAACUCUUACUAAAUGAAUUUACUUAAAUUUUUCCACAGGGAUUAAUGGAAUUACAUUCCAAAUUGAUAGCCGAUACACCAUAAAAUACAAUUUUUUAUAACUUCCAAAAAAUUAGUUUCUGUAUAUUUCCCAUAGCUUAGCUGGAGCUAAGUAAU